AUGAGGUGUUAGCAAGGCUCUUAAGCCACAGAUUUUCCAAAGUUUACACUGACACCCACAGUAUUUGCAUAAGGAUCUGGUCGAUAAGUGGACGUGCGUUUCUGUGACUCCAUUUGGCAAGUUCCUUAAAAGGUGCAUCCUGGGACAACCCCCUACGUUGGCUUUCCCUGGCCACAAAUCCAGAGCGAUCACACAAACUGUACUGCAUGUGUUACAGUGAUGGAUAUUUGCAGCACACACUUGUGUGUGAGAUGGGUUGUGUUGUGUUUGCGGGGCAAGCGGGGGUGCUGUCCCCCCUCGUGCUGUUAUGUACCGGGAGAAUCAGGCAAAGAAAGGCUGAGGUGAUUCAUACGUGAGUCAACAUCUAUCAGCUAUAUAAGCCUGACCACUCAUGGAUCCUGGGCAUGACACAGUCUUCACAUUUCAAAGGUUUUUCUGCAAAGACACACAAACCUCGACACAGAAAGUGUGCAUUCAGACCACGACACAGAAAGUAUGCAUUCUGCUCUCGUGUACACCUGCAUUUUUAGCAUGCUCAGUCUGGGUCGCAGUAUUCCAGUCCCUUCGGAAACCCUGAAAAACAUGGUCAAACUGCAGGCAGAGACCAUCAACGCCAGAAUCCAGGAACACAACGAGAAGCUAAAACUGUCUCACAAGCUUCUUAUUGGGGAUCCUGAGCUCUACCCCGAGGUUCCUGUCGAUAAACCCAUCCAAGGGCUGGGGUCCAUAGUGGACACACUAACCAUCUUCCAAAAGGUUCUUCACAGUCUUCCCAAGGGGCACGUGAGCAAGUUGCACACUGACGUGUCCACUCUGCAGGGUUACCUGGAGGACAUGAUGUCUUCGAUGCGUUGCCCGCUCAUAAAGAGGGCCAAUGAUAAGUCAUUGGAAGCGUUUUUGAAAGAAAAUGCCUCCCAUCACAUCACCGUUGGCUAUAUGGCGUUAGACAGACUAGAGAAAUUCAUGCAGCAGCUUAUUGUCAGCCUGGACCAGUUGAAGACCUGCUGAGUACCGCUCUCUGUUUGCCAUUGUUGUAGCAUUCUUAAAUAAUAUUUAUUAUAUUUAUUUAAAUCACUAUAUAUUUAUAUACCAAAGCAGCUUUUUGGCACAUUUUGAUACAUAUGAAGAGAUACAAGUCUAAAGCUUCUCCCGGUUGUUAAAAAAACGUGUACUGCAACCACAGAGGCUAGCACUCUGUUCCUCGAGCACAUUACGUCAUUAUUUAAGCUCCGGUUUCGCGCAUGCUGACAUCAGCAUGCUCAGUCAUGUCACAGUUUACCAGAAGAGCCACGUCAUGAGUCUGCUGGGAAGCUCAGAUCAUGUUCCAC